AUGUCUCUCCCGACUUCCAGCCUUGAUCGUGAUCAGGCAGGGAGGGAGACAGGGGCCACCUCCCCCUCUCCCGGCCCUGUGGACGUCCCCGUCCUGCGCGCCCCGCCGGGGAAAACCCUGCUCCCCCAGGAUGCCUUCCCGAACGGCCUGCCCCCCGCAUUGCCCCGUGCCGCGCUCCAGGUGCACCCCCUGGCCCUGCAGCGCAAGGCGCGGCACCCCCCCGGCCCCUCCACCUGCAGCGCCGCCACGAGCACCUCCAACUCCCUGAGCGGGGGCGGGAGCAGCCUGGGCCUGGGGCGGGGCCCCCUGUCCAGCAGCGAGUCGCCCUGCGCGCCAGGGGUGUCCUCGCCCGUGUCCACCGCCGACAUCCAGCUGGUCCAGAACCUGAUUGAGCGCUGCCUGCAGGUCUACCUGGCGCAGGGCGAGGUGGUGAAGAUUCUGUCGGCGCAGGCCACCAUAGAGCCGGGCUUUACGCAGCUGGUGUGGCAGAAGCUGGAGGAACAGAACCCCGACUUCUUCGCCGCCUACAACCUGCGCCUGAAGCUCAAAGGCCAGAUCAUCAUGUUCAACCACCUGCUGGAGCAGCAGGUCCAAGUGGUGCAGCGCAUGCAGCAUGGGUGGGUGCCAACGCAGCAGGCCCAGCAGUUUGGAGCAGGCAGGCUGGGGAGCGGAGGCAGCGGGCCCACCACAUCUGCCACCGCCUCCGGCAUCCCCCUCUUCCAGUCGGGGCCCCUGCACUCAGGGGGGCCGGGAAGAGAGGGGGGUGGCCUGGCAUCUGGGCUGGGCGACACCGACACGAGAUCAGCCAAUGGCUUCCUGUACCCAAACCUGGGACCCUCCUUGCUGGAGUCUGGGGCACAGGCCCAAGUCCCACUCUUCCCGGGCAUGCGCUUGUGCCCCUCGGAACCAGACCUGGUGUCGGCCCUGGCGCAGUUGGCAUCUGGGCUGGGCGACACCGACACGAGAUCAGCCAAUGGCUUCCUGUACCCAAACCUGGGACCCUCCUUGCUGGAGUCUGGGGCACAGGCCCAAGUCCCACUCUUCCCGGGCAUGCGCUUGUGCCCCUCGGAACCAGACCUGGUGUCGGCCCUGGCGCAGAACCCUCUGUCCAUCCUGGGCCACACCGGCCACGCGGGCGGAGGUGGCGCUGACUUGUCCAUGCCGCCGCGCAACUUCUCGCUCUCAGACCUGACCCUGGACCAGCUGCACGCCGACGGGCUGGACAUGGACAUGCAGUGA